AUAAAAGGGACAUUUAAAGAGAAAAAUAGAGACAUUUAAGAGAAAAAAAAGUGUCUUUUAAUAACAAUGCUUUGCAUUUCUACCGAGUAUCUUGCAUCCAAGAAUCUUAAAAUAUUUUACAAUCUUUAAAUAAUUAAACAGCAGAAAAUCCUCAUUAUGUAGCUCAAUAAACCGCUAGAUUGGAUUGGAAGAGAUUUCUGGAAGAAAAGAGUGAAAAAGUAAAUAUUUGGGUUGCACCUAAGAGGGACAGUGGAGAUAUAUUCCACACCUGCACACUCCCUAAUCCAAAAAACUGUAUGUAGUGGUAAAUAAUCAGGUAUUGUCCUUUAUAUGAGUAGAAAGUAGGGCAUGGCUCCUCCCCCCCAUUUGUUUUUCGUGGUGGCAGCUUUAUACUAAAUAGAGAAGAGGUUAUUAGCCAACUGUGUGUUGAAUCAGGCAAUAAAGUAAAGCAGACUGGUUCCCUUAAUGGUGAAAAUGUUUGGAGGAAACAGAGUCCUCAUUUACCUCUCUAGAUGUGGAUUUUGGCAGGCUACUACCGGAAGUAAAAGCAAGCAGAAGAGAGAGAGAGGGAAGAAGAACUUCAUUUAACAAGCAAAUUCCUUUCCGCACAGAGAAGGCUCAUGGAAGAAGAAUGUCACAAAAGCUGCUGAAAGAAGCCUUUAUCAGUAACUUAAAUGGAACGAGUUUUCUAGAAAUUUCAGUAGGUUUAACUCUAGCUCCACUGUGUAUAGCUUGCAGAGGUUUGCUGUUAAUUUUGUAUAAUCUGCACAAUGGAAGACCUUUACAUUCAAGAAAGUAUCAUCUACUACUCGACUUUACAGUGCUAGUAGUUCCUUUUGUGCUCAGCUGUACAAUUUUGUCCCCUGUACUCCCUCUUUUGCCAAUAACUAUUGGGGCCUUCUGUGCAGGAUUAUUUUAUAAAAUAUACAACAGACGAAAUCAUUGUAUCAGGACUCCUCUGAAGCAAAUCAUACAUGAUUUCCUGAAGACUAGCUUAGAACCAGACUACAUUCCAUCAAUAACAGUGUUUCGUGUUUAUGUCAACAUGUUAACUGCAAUCAACAUUCUAGCAGUGGAUUUUCCACAGUACCCCAGACGGUAUGCUAAAACUGAGACCUAUGGAACAGGCGCUAUGGAUUUUGGAGUGGGAGCUUUUAUUUUUGGUAAUGCUCUUGUUUGUCCUGAAGUUAGACAAAAAACAGGUGUGGUGCAAUCCAAAUUCUCCUGUCUAGCAAGACAGUUGUUAUCUGUUUGGCCAUUAGUUUUUCUUGGCUUGGGACGACUGAUCAGUGUUAAAGCUGUAGAGUAUCAUGAACAUUUUUCAGAGUAUGGAGUGCACUGGAAUUUUUUUUUCACUUUAGCAACUGUGAGAAUGACUGCAUCACUACUUUUAACUCUAUUUCCAACCAACAAAUCAUGGAUUGUUUCUAUGAUUCUUGCUGUAUUUUAUCAGCUUAUUCUUGACACUACCCAUCUGAAGAUGUUUGUUUUAUAUGGGAGUGAUGGCAAAGAUACAAGGGUUGGAUUUUUAAAUGCUAACAGAGAAGGAGUGUUCUCCCUUUUUGGUUAUCUGGCUAUCUAUAUGGCUAGUGUGCAAGUGGGGUUAUAUUUGUUAAAGAAGAGAACUUUAGUCAAGGACUGGAUUGAAGUAAUAUGUUUCUUUCUGCUGACAGUUUUCAUACUCUUUAUAUUUCUUCCUAUGUCUCAAGUUUAUGUUGAGCCUGUGUCCCGCAGGAUGGCUAAUCUGCCUUUUUGCAUCUGGAUAGUUGCUCAGUGCCUGAUAUUUUUAAUCUGUUUUUUAGUGACUGAUCUUAUUUUGGUGUUUACAAAACUUCUGGUAAAUGGGUCUCGAGUGCCUUGCUGUUGGAAUUUUACACAACCACCUAAUACAAAUACAAAGCACGAUUCAGAGCCCACAUCUAUCAAAAGAGAAAGACAGUGGCUAAGUAUUUGCAUAAUUAAUGCUAUUGAUAAAAAUCAGUUAGUUUUUUUCUUGCUAGCAAAUGUUAUGACUGGCAUAGUGAAUAUGAUGAUCGAUACAAUCCACAGCAAUGCCACAUUUACCUUAUUUGUGCUACACUUGUAUAUGUUUACUAACUGUUUAAUUAUGUAUAUAUUGCAUGCAAAAAAUGUAAUAUUAAAAUGCUGGUGACUAUUGAAACUACUUGUGUUCUAGUACUUUGUAUCUUAAGUGUACAAGUAAAAUUUAUAUUUUGUUAUCCAUGCUCAAGUGAUAGUUUUAAUGGAAAAUACAAAUUUUGUCUUAGAUUUAUUUCUGUGCAAACACGUUGGUUUGUAGUAUACUGUGUAUUUAUGAUUUAUAUCUAGGCUUGGCAGGAUUCAGUUUAAAAAAAAAUUUUGACAGCUAAUAUCAGUGUUUAUUUUUAAGCAUUUUCCCUAUGUUUACCAAUUUAAAUUUCAGGUGUGCAAAAUUAUGGGUUUUAAGCAUUUUUUUUUUUGUAUUUUUAUCUAUUUAAAUUUUCACAAUUGCGGGAAAUUAUGGAGAUCAGACAUUGGGGAAGGUCAGACAAUCAUUUAAUGACAGUAGACAUUGAGAUUCAAGAAGUUAAAGCUUUAUAGCUAUUAAUGCACAAAUUGUCAACAUAACAGAACUUACUAAGUAAAUAUCCUUAAAUCAAACUAAGUUUUUAAGCAGCAUUUUUCUUACUAUGCUUUUCUGUAAAUUUCAACUAUUAUUGAUGGAAAUAUUUUUUGUUGUUGUUGAUUUAUGUUCUGACAGUGAAAUUGACAUUUACUGGAAAAAAACCUAAUCCUUCCAGGUCUAUUUUUACCAAAUGAUAUCAUCACCCAGUGAAAUUUAUGGAAAAUGUUAACACUUUUUUAAAAAAAAUAAACACCUUAUUUACA